AUGUAUAUCACGGAACAAGUUUGCUUAUACAAUAAUAUUAAAGCUCGAGUUCAUCGAUUCUUUUUCCCACUUCUUGACCCCUUCUUCAUCUCUUCUCUCUACUUGUUUUUUUUCGAAAAAAAAAGAACAAUGUCACUUGUGUUGGCAGAUGAAGUAGAGGUUGAAGCUCGGCGCAUCAUUGCAUCCCAAAAUGCAUUUGACGUUCUUGGUAUUUGCCCCACCGACAUAAGGUCUGAUGCUGUGUUAAGAUGCUACGAAACAAAGGUAGGCUUGUUUAGGCGCCUGGUAAGGAACCGAUUGGCAAUGGAAGCAAAGGCAAAGUUGGAUCAUGCGAAAAUGUUGUUACUAGACGAAACGCUUCGCGCAAAGGAGUUGGCCAAGUUCAACGAAUGCCAGCGGAAAGACAUGCUGACAAAAGAGGAACUGAGGGCUGUUGAAGCGCGGACGAAAUUGCUGGAACAACGUGCAGCUGCGCUUCUGCCAGAGGGUUAA